AUGUCCACAGACCCAAGAGAUUCGACUCGGGAAACUAAGCUGUCUCUGCCGAAAACGUGGCGUGCAGAGUCUGCUGACACUAUGGGCUCGAUGGGCAUGUUCCUCGCUGGUCUAGUGCUAGUUUCUAGAAAUCGGUACCUAGCAUGGCCAGUGGUCCUCAUCGCGCUCAGCAGCUUCAUGAACCAGCACCCUAUUCGCACAAAGGAGGGUGGGAGUACGCCUUGGACGGCGCUAAUGACUGCGACGUUUGCAUUAAUCGUAUCGCACGCUGCAAUGUUCACGUUCACGGACCCUAUGACGGGCGCGAUCAAGUUUUCUUCCCCGUGA